AUGCCAAUGGAUAACGAAUUAAGUUUUAUUUUAAACAGAAGACAAGCAAUUAAUAAUGCACUAGACGAGGGAGAAGAUGUUAAGCCAAUGUAUAAAGUUAAAAACGUUUACACGGAAUUUCAUGAGUUUUCUAGAAAACAAAUAAAACAAUAUGAAGAAACAUUCAAACACAAUUGUAAGUUUUGUUAUUUUGUCGAUUUAAAUGUGGGUGAACUAAACUGGUUUUUGUUUUAA